AUGGGACACAACAAGCGCACAUGCAAAGGAAAAAGGGAGGCUGAGAGAGUAAUACCGAAAGGUGGUAAUAAAAAAGUGAAGACAAAGGGUGGUCGGCAGACUGUUAUAGAAGGAGGAUCACAAGCUCCAAAACCAACUCAAGAUUUACAACAAGGAACUGAUGAAGUUGCUCGUAGAAGGGACCAGUUGACACUUUCCCAAAUUCAUCAAGGAACUGAUUACUCAAUAUUUGGAAAAAUAGAAAAUGCCAAAACUGCUAAAGAAGCGUGGGACAUAUUGAAGCUGUCACAUAAAGGAGUAGAGGAAGCUCAAAAGUCCAAAUUACAAUCGCUGCAUAGAAAAUAUGAAAGGUACGAAAUGUCAAAUUCAAAAACAGUAGAACAAUAUUUUUCUCGUGUUAUUAAUCUCGUCAACAAGAUGCGAGUAAAAGGAGAAGAUAUUCCAUAUAGCAAAUUGGUAGAAAAAAUUCAACGUAUGAUGCCGAUGAAGUUUGACCAGGUGGUGACUAUAAUAAUUGAGUCCCACAAUACAGAUACUCUGUAUGUAGCAGAAUUACAGGGAAGCAUUGAAAGUCAUGUCAACAGAAUAUUAGAAAAGACCAAAAAAGUGAAGAAAGAGGUCAAAAUACUUUCAAUAGAGGAAGAGGAAAUUAUAGAGGCAGAGGCCGAAGAAAUUAUGGAGGAAGAGGACGUGGCAACUUUAACCAAUGGAGAGACAAUAAUUUCAAUCCAUCCAAUCAAGGAAGAGGUGGAAAUAAUUUUGGAUACAACAAUCGUGGUCGGGGAAACAAUUUCGGAUUCAACAAUCGUGGUCGAGGAAGAGGAAUUAUUUUCUUCUCUAAACGAAAUGGUAAAAUCUACCGUGAAGUUUGGAAACAAUUCAUAUAUUCCAAUUUUGGGGAAAGGCCGAAUUUCUACCAGGUUGAAAGAUGGAACUCAAAACUUUAUUGGUGAUGUUUUCUAUGCUCCUGGUCUUCAUCACAAUCUCCUGAGUAUAGGACAACUGUCGGAGAAAAGUUACAACAUGCAGAUUCACAAUGGUUUUGCACGUUGA